UGAAGGAUAUAUUGCAGGGACGUACAUGGACAUCCUGUAAAAAUUAUCGCUGGGAAAAUCUGCUCAAUAAUGGAUACCUCGGAUAUUUACUAUAACGGUGAGCGCUUCCAACUGCAGUCACCGGAAGAGUAUGACUAUAACCCGCCCUCCUGCCGCUACAGCGGUGACACCGAGCAGGUACGGAUCCCCAUGCCCCCUUCUGCCUCUGUCGAGCACCGGAGCAAAGGAACUUUACUGCCCUACGAUCUACCUCCCUGUCAGUACUCGAGGCCUGUUCAGACCCAGGAACAGGAAUACCUGACAGGUCAGGUUCGUGUACCGAACGACUACCAUCCAGGAGACAGCCUAGUGGUGGAGGUAGAGUCCCAGGCACAAGUGCCAUUCCCCUGGAUGAGGAGCUCCAGAGUUCACUCAUACCAAUCACUCCCAGGUGGUUAUUCCCAGAACGGGGACGAAUACAAGCGGAGCCGCACCGCGUAUAGCCGGGCUCAGUUAUUGGAGCUGGAGAAGGAGUUCCUCUUUAACAAGUAUAUAUCCAGGCCCCGCAGAUAUGAACUAGCCACCACACUUAAACUGACAGAGAGACACAUCAAAAUCUGGUUCCAGAACCGGCGGAUGAAGUGGAAAAAAGAAGAAACGAAAAAACGAAGCCCCUCUGACCACCAUGAACCGGAGUCUUCCAAUAAGGAUUGAUAAAACGUUAGGAUAGCAGCAUAUGACCCUGGGUUUGACAUCCAGAUUAUUUGUUGCACUUGUCUAUAAAAUGAUAGGCCUAUAUGUGCUUAAACUUUAUAGCCUACGUUAGGCCUAUGAUGUGGCUAGAGGGACAUUUUACAAUUUGAAUUUGAAUUUGAGAGCUAUUCAAUUCUUUGUCUUGUGCGUAUAUAUAAUGUUGCUAAAUUUGCGUGUAAUUCAUUUAUUUGUCAUGUGCAUAAGCUAACAUUUUGUUAAAAAUUGCUCCAUUUUAAAUGAC